AUGAAGGAUACACACGAAGACAAUCAAACUUCCAAUCAGGAGGUGCAAAGUGAUUCUGGCUCGGAUGAUGAACAAAUCGUACUCGCCGUUAUAGGAGUCGCUGUACUGAUAUCAAACGGUCUUGUUUGUACACUUUUCUGUCGAUACCGUACACUUCGCACAAUAACAAACACUUUUAUUGUAAGUUUGGCGAUAAGUGAUCUGAUGGUUGCAGCGGUGUUCUUGCCGACAUAUCUUGCACGUCUGGCUGCAAGCCCCUAUAUAAUCGCCUACAUUCUAUUUGCUUACCUUUUUAAUUUCUGUGGGGUUACCUGGGAUCGUUACCAGGCUGUUCUUAAUCCACUUACUUACAGAUCUAAGGUGACGCGAACGAUUGUCUACAAGAUACUGGCUCUUGUGUGGAUUAUACCAUUGCUUUUAGCUAUAAUACCGAUAUUCUGGGAGUACCAGGAGGAUAUCAAGUCAUCAGCCGAGCGUAUUUACCAAGGAAUCUUGGUAACAAUAGUGACAAUAUGUAGCCUGUUGAUAUGCUGGGCCUACGGUCGAAUAUUUCGUGCAACAAGACGUCAAAUGAAAAAGAUGAUUGAAAUGUCCGAGACAAACUCGAGGGUCGAAAACAGUGCAAAGAAACAAUUAAGGGGAUCAAAACGACUCUCAGCAAAUAUCUCCAAAGAGGUGAAGGUUGCUAAAGUCUUCGCGCUUGUUGGGGGCACAUUUGGAGUCUGCUGGCUCCCUUUAAUCAUUAUUAACGUAUUUGGGGCGCUGGGUUUUCCAGAACUGAUUCCCGGUACCUUCCUUCAAAUAUCGCUCUAUUCCUUGGUUGGAAAUGCAUUGGCGGAUCCGUUGAUUUACUCAUUCUAUAAGGCAGAUUACAGGCGUGCCUUUAUGAAACAUUUCGGUUGCUCUAAAUCACGACUCCGUUACACAUCCUCAAUGACUAAUGACUCUAUUUGCACGGAAGAAAUACGCAGCAGCAGAGUAGAUGAAAACCUAAUUCAGACAUCUAAAUCCGUCAAUUUAGCUAACUUAUAAUAAAUCACCCAAACUAAUAUUCAUUAAAGGACUUCCUUCCUCCCGAAAAAAAAAAACAAAAAAUACGUGAAUAAAAAUAAAUUCAUAAAUACAAAAUCCACAAGGAGAAUGCGUGCUGUUAGUUGCAGGUGAAACAGUUUAUUUGCGUAAUUAUGGUUACAAGCCCGCAAUAAAAAGAAAGUUUAAAUUUCAGUCUAAACAAAGAACUUUCAUUUAGGCACAAACUAUAAUAGCGCUGGGUACAUUAGUGCGAGAUACGUUUUCAUUUGUAACUGAAUGAACCUCCCAAAACAUAAUUAAUCUCUGACUUCAAUGUGAUCAUUUUGGAAUGCGUUUCUUUAUGAAUUUUGCCGAUAAUUUGUUAGCUGUAAAUAUUUUAAGUGAAGAUGAAUGGAAAUGAUUAAUUUUCAAAAAAAUAAUUGUUGUAUUGAUAUCUUUAUUAAUUUUUGAACAUGGGACAAUGAACUGUUUGAUUGCAUGUGUUGGUGAAUUUACACGGCUUUUAACUUAAAUUAAGGAGCUGACUAAGUCUAUGUCAUAAGCACCUGACAAUGAAAUCAGAAGGUCUUAACAGAGAGAUACGAGCAACCAAUAAAAAUUCUUACGAAAAUGGAGAAAUGGGAUGACAUUGAUGACAUUUCAAGUUAAUGAAGCGUUUUGUUUCGUUUCGUUUCCUCGGAAUGCCGAGUUAUAAGUAUGUAGACUUCGACCAUUCUUUGUUGAUUUUACGCUGUGGUUGUUCAAAAAAAACGGCGAGUAUUCGUCUACAUAUGGCGUGUAAUCCCCGCCAAAAAUGAUUUUGUUAUGUUGUGCUAAAUUGUGAAAUGUAAAUUUAUUGCAAUCGUUUCAUGCUUAGUACUGUUGCAUCAAAUUCGGUGAGAACAACGUACUAAUAAAUUUAUUUUGUGGAAUCAAAUUCGGUACCACCGUUUCAAAUUCGGUUCCAGAUCAGUUAAAAUUAUAUUCUGGAGCAUCAAAUCCCUCAACUUUCCAAUUCCUCUUCAUUAAGAGGGGUCUAUCAUAUUCGGCAACACCAUCAGUAUUCAACCAGUAAGUGUUAUCUCUUCUUCUUCAUCAAAUUUCAGUCAGCCUUAGUUCAGUUUUUUGACAUCAGAUAGAUACACUUCUGUACUUUGAAUUCAGUCCUGAAAUACUUAAAUCUACCCUGGCUCAUCAUUUCUGGGAAUUCUGAAAUUAUCCCUAAAAGUAACAAACUCUGUCUGUCCCUAGUCAUCAUUAUCAUCGACAACGUCACCAUUAUCAUAUUAUGAUGUAAUAUUUCCGCUGCAGAGACCAACACGUGACCAAUCAUCAACUAGUCGUUUAUUGUAAAUCUAAAAGUUAGUUUCAAUGACCUUUCACCAAGCAAUAUUUGGGCAACAAAGAAAUCUUUGUUUUUAAUGUAAUAUCUUGUUUGUCAAAAGGUGUUGCCUUGGUUUAAAUGCUGUGGUAAAUGUACAUAUUGUCCGAGAUUCCCAUCUCCCAUUUCAAGUUCAUGAUCGUCUUUUUCCCUCCUCUUUAUCCUUAUAACAGUAAGCUCGGGAAUUUUUUCUUUUGUUGAUUCCUUAUUAGUUCCCACUCUCCGAAUUCUCUUAAAGAAAACAACAUUUAUAGCUUUACGGCGAAUUUUGCUGUUGAGAGUUAGGCAUACAAUUGGAUUUAUGCAACUGCUUCCAAACGCAAACACAGAGUACGUAACGUACGCCUCGCGAGGCAGGCUUCCUGUUCCCAUGAUUGCAUUCAGGAAAUCCACCGCAAUUAUUGGAGUCCAGCUGAUAACAAAAGCAAAAACAAGUCCCAGUAGAAGUUUAGUCGUUCGUAGUUCUUCAGAACUUAGAUCACCAUUCUGAUGGCGGGAACGUGAACGAAUCGUGUUUUUCGUUGCAAUGACAUGUUGCUUCACCGUGCGAAAAACUUUAUAAUAACACAACGCGAUGAGUGUCAUGGGUAAAACUGUGUAAAUAAGCAACAAGAAAAUAGUAUAUGAUAUGUUACCCAAUUUUCGGCUUGGAUCAAAUGUCAUAAAGCAGGCGGCCUUUCCCGGUCUGAAGAUGUAGGUUACCAACCCACCCAAAUAAGGUGAAAGAGCAAGAACGAAAGGAAGAGUGCUUACAGCUGCAAUCAUUCCCAAUGUGAAUCUUUUGGUAAACCAUUUUCGGUAUAUGCUGGGUCUACGAACACAAUAGUAUCGAUUUAUAGCCAUUAAGGUUACCAAAUGCAGUGAGAUCCACACAAGGCAAAGGACUAACACACCUUGAAAAAUGCAUACACCUUCACUGAAAAUCCAUUUUCCCUGGAUGAAAAUAGACGCUGAAAAAGGCAUAACUAGCAAGGAAGUUAGUAUAUCCGCAAUUGCUAGACUAACCAAGAAAAUGUUUGUGACGGUACGGAGCCUUGGGUUUUGGAAGACCACGCAAAUGAUUAGCGAGUUUCCAAUAAACGAUAUCAUAAUAAUAAGCAACAUCAAACUUGAUUCAAGUACUAUGGUCACCUUGCCUCUAUUUUCUAGUUCGUAUUGAAGCCUUUUCAAGUUUUCUUCAUCCAUUUCGAAUUCCAGUUACACGAAAAGGAAAUAAUCUCAAGACAGUUGACGAUAAAUAACUGAAGACUUUUGAUGAAAUCAGUACUCGAUGUGUUAACUGAAGUAUUGCUGCACAGUUUGUCUAAUUUGAAAGAAAUAAAAUGGUUUUGAUUAAUUAAAAAUCGCAGUUACGUUAUUUUCAGAUCGAAGCAUAGGCAACAAAAAUCGUAUCGUUUUACCAUUUAAAUUGUGAUGCUGUUUUGGCACAUGUGCUAGAGCCUAGAUGGCAAUUGUAGGAAAACUAAGCACCAUAGCAUGCGCAUAGAUUCUUCAAAGAUCGGUCUUCAGAAAAACAAGGAAACAUGUACGUACAGCUGCUGAUAGAUAUGUCAUUUGAUUGGGAAAGAACAUUGCCGGCUGCUUAAACCAUUUAAACAAAUCGGUGCUUGCUAUUAUUAAGAAACAACUCCAUUGGCUGAGUUUGACAGCUAAUGUCAAUUUUCCCGCCGCACUAAUGAUUUUUGAUAACCGGUUGUGUAACACCGUAUCCUUUUUAACAAACCUUACUGUACCCGCUUAAAAUUACAAAUCCACGUGAAUUACUCCUUUUGAUGUGUUUGAAAACAUUACAAAGCGAAUAAAAUAUAUGGAUAUAUUUUGGACUUUGACAUGAAGUUCAAAGGACAACACAAUAUAGUAACGAAAAUGUAAUAGGGAAUUUACAAAUUAGCACAAAGGAAUUAGGUCCUCGUUUAUAGACCGUGUUUAGCCUGUCCAAAUAAUACAAAUUAAUAUUAAAGGCAGUUGUCUUUGGUAAGUUCAGAGUUGGUAAUCACAACUGGGGUACCCCAUGCGGGAGCUUCAAAGGCCAACAUAAUAGUCUACUUGCCAUGGCUGCAUACCACAUAAAUAAUGGCAGCUUUUAGGCGGGGCGAACAGGGCUUGCUAAUUAAGAAAGCAAGGUUUUGCUUAGUUUAUGGAAAAUGUAAGAAUCUGUAAGUGCACAGGCUAACACAUACCUCCCAACCGCAGCCUUCACUUGUCCGUAAUGCAUUAUCGUUCCCAGAGCCACUUGGGUCAAUUUGUAACGGACGAGCGACCAAUCGAAGCGACAAGCUCUGCGUGGGAACGAGAAUACCCGCAGCGUCAUUGGGGAUGUGGGGUUCUUUCGAGCCAUCCUACCCUUGAUCCCGUGAAGCUGCUUUGUAGUGUAUGUAUGAGUAGUCCUUAUCAGCGAUUGGUCAAAGCCGCGACCAAUGGCAGCAAAUGAUAACAGCAAAUUUGUCACAAGGCUUAUUAUACAAAAGACAGACACUGAAAAGCUAAAGCGAAUUCAGCAGUAAAUAGGCUAUUUUGGCUCAAGGGAUCGUUCGAGUGUCCAAAACGUACAGUAAAGCAAAAACCAGUAGGUAAAGUAAACGAAAUUAUGUCGCGUGUCCGGUUUCUUGUGCCAGAGAAUAAAAAUAUGAAAUGUAACAAGAGAUAUUAGGGACGGACCAUUAAAAAACUUAUGGGGGGGUAAUACAAAAAAAAUAUUCUCGCAAGGGAAAAUUAAAUGAAAAAAAAAUUCAUGCACACCAAUUAAUCCUGAAAAAUAUUCAUGCCAUGGCUUAAAAAAAAAUCAUACAUGGAAUCUGAUAGCGGAAAAAAAUUCCUGCGGUUGAAAAGUUCCCCCCCCCCCCAUAACUUUUCUAAUGGUCUGUCCCUUAAUAUCUUUCAUGAAACGAUGUCAAAUUUGUUUAAUUUGCUAAUCCAGCGUGUUCAAACAGUUGGAAGGCAAAGGGACAAAAAAUAAUCUGAGAAAAUCCAUUCUGCCUUGCAGUAACAAUAAGAAAAUAAUAAAAAGAAAAUGAAGAGAAAAUAAAUGAAAUAGAGUGGAAACAAGACAUAGAGAAUUAAAAAGAAAACAAAAGAAAUGAACAGUGAAAUAUGUAAUAUGUCCUGUGUUAAAAAAUACCCGCACCUCCUUAUAAACUCUUAAUGGCGUAGCUGGUAUCCAUAUAAUUGUAGUUUCUACUCUAGUAUGUGUUUGGUCUCACACUUAAUUGAUACGAUAUGGUGCAGUCAUUAUCUUUUACACCGAUACGAUAGUCAUUAUCCUUUGUUAGGAAAACGUCUCCUUCACAGUGUCGUCCUGUUUCAUGAAAUGAUGUUUUUGAAACUUCUGGCGCUAUCCACCUUUUCAGCUUGAUUAAAUAAAGGAGCGUCGAACAUGCAAUUAAAUUUGAAGCAUUUAGGAAAUAAUUAUGUUUUACCGAAAAAUUGUCAACCUGGAACUAAUUGGAUUGCAUUGAACUACACCGAAAAGCCUAUUGUCUGUGAGCUAGGGGGGUUAUACACAUUUUACAGUGCGAAAUCAAAGAGGUUCCUGUUCUGUCCUUAAUCCAAUCGCCUUUCAAGGUGCAUUUUUGUUUUCCUAAAUAAACGGGCUAAAUUAAUAUAAAUCGACAAUGUGAUCUUCAUGAUGACUAUUUUUGUCUCAUGCAACGCAUGUCUAAGAUUGAAGAGCGGAUGGGUGAGAAGGGGGCUUAAAAAAACAUCAAAAAGUUUAAGGAGAGAAAAUUGAAAAAAGGUAAAUACUGUUUGACGGGUUGAAAUGAGUUACAUGGUCUGAUCUUCGGCAGAUAGAAAAUUAACUUGUAUAAAAUAUGGAAAGCUAGUCUCAGGUCUGUUGAGUUGUCGGUUAUGAUUAAUGGCCGACCUUCAAAGUGGUACCUCCACGUUGAGCUCUUCAACUAGCUUUUAUAAUUUCAAUGCACUCAAACUAUUAAUAGUUCCAGUGACGCCAGCAGUUUUAAGAUGGCAGAAGAUUUUAGUAGGAGUAUUUCCUUCAAAUCAAUUACUAAAUAGGUUUUUUCAAAAUGAUCUUUAAAAAAUCAUUAAAAUACGGGAUGGCGGGAGAACUGGUGUCCUUCAAUACUCGCCAGCUCAGUGAUAUUUACCGACAAAGGAAUUGCUUUGCUUUAAUUAUUUCCUAGGAAUUGUGCGUGAUAUUAGUGUGGCACAUUGGACAAUCAUAAAGCGAACAGAUUAUAAAGCCGGUCGGCUUAGCCUGUCAAUUGAGAAAAAUAAACGUAUAAGCACUAUGCGGGAUAAGAAAGCUUUAAAAGCUAAAUAGACUGCUACCGUAUAUUUAUUUAAGACUGGCAGGCGGGAAUUAAUACGAAAGGGCCGCUGAGAUUCUUUAGGACUGAGGUAAAAGCAUGCAAGAUCGAUGCUAAAUAAUGCACGCGCAUAAAAAUAGUAUGCACUCAUUACCCUACAGAACCAAUCAAGGAAAGACGGUCGAGAGAGCUGUGCACAAAACGACACUGUUUUACAAAGUAAAUAGACCCUUACUGCAUUAUCAGCGACAAAGGAAUAAAAAUGAUAAUAAAUUUAAAUGACUUGGCUUGAUUUUCAUUUUUUCCAACGAUUUUCCCAGUCCCUGAAAAAAAAAAAAGAAACAGUUUGCAAACGGAUCUUCUGCAGAACUCAUAAAGUUCAGCAAAAAAAAUCCAUGAACGUUUUUCACUUACCAAAAUUUCUAUAAUUUCGUUUAUUUCGAAAUACUUAUUUUCUGCCGACUAUAUAUCAUAAAAUUGCACAAAACAGACUUAAUUCAGACUUAAUUACGUCAACUCUCUCAGUCAGUUAUCGGACUGGAUCGGGCACACAAUACAUGUCAAGAAUCUCACUCUUGCUUUCAAUUGACUGAUGAUUUGAACAAAAAGGUUCUUUGAUAAAUAAUUUACUCUUGAUAUUGUAUCCUGUUGGAGUCGUUCAAGAAAUUAGCAUAAUUAUGGUUUACGCUAUACACAGAUGGCUGAUGAAUGCUUGAAGAUAUACCGAUGCUCAUUUACCCUAUAGGGCAUGAAUGAGGUUCGAGUUUUUCCCUUGUCUCCAUUCACUUUCAUGAUUUCAAUCCAUAUUCACCACACGGAAACAAUUUGGUAGAAUACUUAAGUUUCAUAUCAAAAUUCUUAGUUAUCCAUUGGUUUUAAUGAAUCCAUCUCACUUACCACAAGGCGCGCCUCACUGCUCUGUAAUUGUUUACUGUUGGAAUAAGAUGAAGAAAUUCUUCCAAUGAGUACACCGGUUUCUUUAAUAUUUUCUUUGUGUUGAUUAGAAAGCAUAAAAAAUAAGAGACGUCAAAAUACCGGGUAGCUUGGAGUUAUUAGCAUUCAAAACGAUAUUAUACGAGCAGAGUUCUGCUGUUUUCUGGGUUGGUCAAUUGCCUUCCUUCUGCGUCAAUUCCGUGUUACGCAAGAGUAUCCAAGAGAUCAUUAUUAAUGAUGCCUUGAAUUAUUCUAAUGCCCUUCAUACUCGCUUUAAUGCACGAGAAGGUUAUGAGGUUAAUAUCUGGAGUCACCGACGCAAUUAUCCUUUAGGGAAAAUAUAUAUUUGCUACGUGCAAACUUUGCAACUUUUUAGAAAGGGAAACGGAAAGGGCAAAUGUGGAUUCUGACAUGCUGGACGGGCGUGUCGAGUACACGGAUAUUCAUCAGACAAAAAGGGAGUUUUUUGUCAUGUGUUUAAGAGUGGACCAAUACAUGCACCGCUAUAAAUAUCUUCUCAGUUCACAAAAGCAUCAGUUUUUAUUUACCUUCAGCGGGGAAACAAGUUUUCUGAUUAAGAUGACAGACCUAUCGGAUGGAGCCUUGGCUUUACGUUCAAGAAGCAAAUUUACCACGGCCGUUGAAGGAGGACUAAUAUUGUUAAUCAAUUUCGUUUCACUGUUUGGUAAUUUACUCAUUUGUUGUGUUAUCUACAUCAAGCCAAGAUUCUACACGACUACAAACGCUUUUAUCCUCGCCUUGUCCGCCGCAAACGGAUUCAUUGCCUCCUUCGUCAUGCCGUUCACAUCUGCUUCCUUGAUAACAGGCAAGUGGCAGUUUGGGAAGACUUUGUGUGACAUCCAAGGAUUCACAUUCCUCGCGUUAACAUGGAUAUAUUUAUUGACACUAACACUUGCGGUUAGUAGUCAUUUAUUUCAGAUAACCCGGUUGCCCCUUUACAACAAAUGGUUUUCGGUCGACCGUGCGUAUGGCAUGAUCAUGGUGAUCUGGGUCAUAGUGAUAAUAAUUGCGAUAUGUUUCGAAGCGGCUGGGGCCUCCACUUAUCGAUUUUAUCCUGACGCGGCGCUAUGUUCCUUGGCCCCCAACAAAGGAGACUAUAGCCUAGGCACGUCUUAUGCGGUAAUCACACUGGCAUUAUGUAAAGCUUUGACUGUUUUGUCACUGCUGACAUGGUGCAAAAUCAAAAGGCGUAUUAACGUGUCCGUACACGCUUCUGGACACGUCCAAGAAGGAAGAGAAAUUUUGCUGAGAAUUUUUGCAGAGAAAAGAAAAACAAAUCGAGUUUUACUUUACCUUACGACUGCAGUUCUUCUCUUCUGGUUACCGACUGUAGUCAUCAGGAUUUUGGCAUUUUCCAUAACGCUUCCACGUCAGAUACAUCUUACCUCUACUUUUUUCUGGAUUUCCGUCCCUGUACUUCAUCCUAUAAUAUACGGAGCUUUGCAAAGACCUUUCUCAAGGGAGAUUCUAAGGGCCAUGCCGAGACUAAAAAAUGGUAAAAAUAAGGUUCACGCUGAACACACCGUCUGA